CGGUCAUUCAUCCGCUCUUCCUAUUUGUAAGAGGUUUGUGUCAAGGUGCGAUCGUUUUUUCUUUUUUUUGAUAGAAGGAAUUCCAAAACGGAUUGGGCUGAGUUUUAGUAAAUAACACUCAACAUGACGUCCCGUGGAGGUUUCAAGGCGGCUGGUACGAAUAAAAGUGACUUCAAACCAACCAGAGCAAGGCCUUCAGCACACUCACAUUACCAGAUGAGCUCGCCGCUGAAGUCUGAAAUCCGCAAGUUGAACUUUGUUCACCUGGCCACCUGGCUCCUGGUGGCGGCCCAGGUCGCCGUCAGCCACCUGGACCUGGUCUCCCACGCCACGGUGUCAAUGCCCUUCCAGUGGCAGUACCCCUACCUCCUCAGCAUGCUGCCCCUGGCCACCAGCAGCAUAUCCCUGCCCAAGAACAACAUCAGCUACCUGGUCAUCUCCAUGAUCAGCUCGGGCCUGUUCUCGGUGGCGCCGCUCAUCUACGGCAGCAUGGAGAUGUUCCCCGUGGCCCAGCUUCUGUACCGGCACGGCAAGGCGUACCGCUUCAUUUUCGGCUACUCGGCGGUCACCAUCAUGUACCUGGUGAUGCUGGUGGCGGUGCAGGUGCACGCUUGGCAGAUCUACUACAGCAAGAGGCUGUUGGACUCGUGGUUCGACGACACUCAGGAGAAGAAGAAGAAAUAAAGGGGGUCGAAGGUGGAAUUGCUGUAUUUAUUUUAGGUGAUUUCGUUUAUUUUGAGGAAAAGAAAACUAUAUGCAU